UAUGAACCGAGGUACUACCUAACGGUUCUUCUGAUACGUUGAUGUUUUGUUAACUUUCAUGGUCUCUUGCUGUCUUGUUCGCCACAGUUUGCACCUUGUAUUAUCAAAAUUGCACUGCACUACAAUUUAUAUAAUUAUACAAUUGUGUUGCUCCCAAUUUUUGUGUGAUAUCUUUCCGUGACUUAAUAACAUUGAACUUUUUUUGUGGCAGCGUUAAAGUAAAUUUACGCAUACAUUUACACCAAUCCCGACAAUAAGGUAUGCCAAUGAUCGAUCAGGAGAAUCAGGUAAAUUGUUGUUCAUUCUUUUCGCUUUUACAUUACCAUGUUAUUGCUAUUAUAUGUUGUUUUUGUUAAAUGCUGCAAUGCCAAAUAGGCCUAGGAUUAUGUCAAGUCCACUGUUAUAAGGUAAGGUAAAGGAAAAAUUGUAUUACAGCUGUAAUAUUGCAAAGCUUAUAAGAAAUAUACAUAUGUAGCACUUAUUAUAAUAAUAAUAAUAUGAUGUGAUUUGGUGUCGGGUCAGACUUAAUGAUUCGCUGAUGGAACUUUCAUUUCUACAAUUGUAGUUUAUGUCUUACAUUUAUUAGAAAAACUUACUUUGUGCGUGAAUGUAAUGUUCAGCUAGAGUAGUAGAGUGGGCACACAGUUAUGAUGUGGCAAAAGUAAUAUAUAAUUAUAUUGUACCUACUUGUCCAUGUAGGCGUAUACACUUUUACCCUUGAUCUCCCAUAAAGAACAAAUUUGUGUUAUUUUAAUUCAUUAUUUUUAUAAAAUUAGUUGCCAUGAAAAUAAGUGUUAAUUAAGUUUUAAAAUUUCUUCAGUAUUAUUGUUAGGUAUAUAGAGACCUACAUAAUAAACAAUACAAAUAACUAAAAAACAAAUAUGGUAUGACUUCAACUUAAUAAAUUGUGUUUUUUAUUACUAUUAUUAUUUUUAAAUUUCAACCAUCACAAAAAAAAUACUUUUUAUUUUACAAUUGCGCUUUUUAAUAUUGGUGAUUUUUAUAUUUUAAAAAUAGUAAUUUUAUUUUAUUUAUUUUAGCCUAAUCUUCCAAAUGGAACUGAUUCAUCAAACAAUCCAUUUCAAGAUAAGACAGUUAUAAGAAAAGGUUAAAAAUCUAUUUUUUAAAUUUUAUUUUGGAAAACAAUGAUAUUCUAAAUUAAUUAAUAUUUUUCAGAUGUUUCAGAUAAUAUUUACAGUAGUCAAGAGGAAUAUUUAGGUGAUGUGUCUUUAGGCAAUUUUAAUGUAUCACAGCUUGCAAAUAAAUUAGAACAGUUGGCUUUAGCUACUCCUCAAACUACAAGAAUAAAACCUGAUAAUUUUAUAAUUGAAGAGGAUUUAGAUUUCAAAGAACGUCCAGAUUCAGCUGAUUCAGAUAGUGGUAGACCUGUUACUUCGAAUGACAGUUCUAUUUAUAGGUCAUUUAUAGUAGAUUCUGUUGAAAAUCAACAGUUAGAUAGUUUGGAAUUUUCAUCUACUAUUUGCAAUGAUGAUGUAAAUGAAUCUGGACAUAAUAUUGAGUCCGUACAUGAAAAUUUAUCAUCAGUAAAUUUAGAUUUGGUUAGUUCCGAUUUUGAAGAUUCGACACAAAACCUAACUGUACAUUCUCUUUCACAUAAAUCAUCAUCAGAAGAAACAUUACAGAAUAAAUCUUAUCAUUCGAAUUCAGAAUUCAAUAAUUUAACAAGAGAAAAUAUUUCACUGAUGGAUAGUAUAGGAUCAGAAACACAAUUUCAGGUAUGGUAAUAAGUUCUUCUGUUAUUAGUUUUUACUAAAUGUUUGAAAAAAAAAGUACUUGUAGAAAUUUCUACAUUAAUUAGAUAUAGGUACACUUAUUUUUUUAUAAUCUGUUUUUUAUUAGAAAACACAAUAUUUAUAUUUUAAACAGAAUUCUAUAGAAUUAAUUCCAUUUUAUUAGAUUAUAUUAUAGAUUGACAUAAUAAUUUUUCAACACUAAUGACUAAAAUUGCAAUAAAUAUUUAAAUUCCUUUAUUGUAGUUUAGGUUAUGUUGCUAUGACCUUUGAAUGUUAACUGUUUGCAUUUGAAAAUUAAUUUUUAGUAAAACCUAAAAGCAAUAAGACAUCUCGGUUUUUGUCAUUUUUCAGAGCAUUAAUUUGAAAAACAAAUAAAACAAAAAUAUACCCACAUAUUAUAAACUAAAAUCAAUACAUAUUUCAUGAGUACAAUUUUCAUUAAUAUUUAUUAUAUUAUUACUAGUUAAUAUUUAAUUUAGUAAAACUUAGGUACGGUUUAAUUAAUUAUUAUAUUAUACCUAAUAAAGUUGCAUCAAAUUAAAUACAAGUUUAGGAAAUAAAUGGUUUUAAUAUUAAUCUGUAUGAAACUGAUUUUUUUUAUAUAACAAAUAGAAUAAAAAUAUGCGUAUUAAUAUUUAUUUGAAUAUAUCACUAAUACUCACACCAAGAUGAGAUUUUUCAUAUGUUAUUUAUUUUAAUUUUUGUUUUCAGUCAAACAUUUAUGAAAGUGAAAGUAAGAACUCCAGUGAAGCAGGACCUGUGAUAGCUGAAGGUAAAUAGAUUUAUUCAAAUUAAAUAUUAAUACAUAGUAUUGUACUUUAUUACUUUCUUGAUUUUUAAUUAAGUAAGUUGUCAGUAUGAUAAUUGAAAUAAAAAUAAUUUUUAUGUUGAUAACUUUAAGAGCAUGUGGUAAAUAGGAAAAAACAAUUAUUACUAUUUUAUAGUAAAAAUAUAUUUGUAUUAGCUUUAAAGGUAAAUUUUCUCAUUUUUUCUGUUGAUUUCCUUUUCUCCGCUUUUCCCAUUUAUUAUGAAAAUCCCCAGGAAAAUCAAAAAAUAACCUAAUCUCCUCAAAGUACCGCCCCAGUCAGAUUUUCUUUCAGUAAAAGUGCUACAUUUGAAAAUUAGAGCAAAAUUAAUGGUUGAAAUGUUCACAGAUAAAAAAAUAUUAUAAAAUCAAUACAUUAAUCACUCCACUCAGAAUCUAAAAUUUGUCUAUAAGUUGUAAAAUAUUAAAAAUAAAUUAUUUAAGUUUUUUAUUUAUCCUAAUAUAUUUAUAUUUCAGAUUAAUUGAAAAUCAUAUUACAUUUUUUUAUCUUAUCAAUUUAGAUUCUAUAUUUGUUAUAUUGUUAUUGUAACAACAUUGAAUUAUGAUAAAAAAGGGAUUCAUUUAAUUAAUUCCAAUCAGCUCUUUUUAGAGCUUUCUGCUGAAAAUAAAUUAUAAGCUGACAAUUACAGCUGUCAACAAAUAAAUAAGAUAGUGUUAACAUAUUGGAUUUAUUAAGAAUAUUUACAAUAACACCAACAACCUGUUGAUGAGGUACAAAUAUACAAUUGGUGAUUAAAUAUUGUAGAGCCAUUUAAGCAUCAUAAUAUGAUAAAAAUUAUUGAAUUUUGAAUCUUGAUAAAAAAAAAAAAAAAAACAAAGAGAUACUGAGAAGUAGAAUAAUUUGUUUUGAAAUCUAAUAAACUGAUUAUAAAAUAAAGGCAAUUGUAUUUAUAUUUUGUUUAUAAAACUACAUUUAUAUUACAAUAUUAUGAUAUAAUUGUAAUAUUAUUUAAACUUUUUUUUUGUUUUAAUAGUAUUUUGAUUAUUAUUGAUUUUAAUUUGUAAGUAUUUAGGUCUACCUUAUACUUGUAUUGUAUAAAUUAAAAAUUAAAUUAGUUUAUAUAGAAAUACAACUUUCUAUAUAAAUAGGUAUAUGUAGCGUUUAUUAUUACAUUAUUAUAUUUUUUCAAACUAAUUAUAUUUAAUAAUAUUUGACAACAGGUUUCUCUUCAGCUGCUGAUUACAAUUUUGAAAAUUUGGAAGCACUUGAAUCAGUAAGAUCAUUAAAUGAUGAGGAAUUUCGAAGAUUAACUAUUGCAAGGAAAUCUUUGUAUGUAGCAUUUGAUCCAAUUGUAAAUAAAGCUAACCAGGAGUCUAAUUCUCGGUGAGUAAACAUAUUUAAAUAUAAUAGUAAUUAGAAAAAAACAAAACUAUUGUAUUAUUUGUGUUUUAGUAUGUACAUAUUUUUUUAGUAAAUUUGAUUAUGUAAAUUAUACUGUAUGCACUAUGCACGAAUAAAAUAUAGUAGGUAUUAAUUAACUUAUCUUUUUGGUACCAAUUUUAUCAGUACAGUUCAUAUUAAUUGUUUUUUAUUUUUAGGUUUUUACUUAUCUUCUUUCACUUCGCUUUUAUCCUACACAAGUGGGGUCAGCUUGUCUUUUGAUCACCCUCCACAACUCCUCAUCUAUCAUAAUUUCUUCUUCUAAUUCAUUAUACUUAUUAAUACAAUACAUACAUAUUAGCACAAAAGUAUAUACUACGAACGUUUGACCUAAAUUUAUUACUAUUCUACAUCAAUAAAUUAAAUUAUGAAUUUCAAAUUUUAAAUCUAAAAAGAAAAUAGUAGUUUGAUAUAAAUGGUUAAUAUUAUUGAUUGAUAAUAAAUGGGAUAUUGUUUUUCUUGUCAUAGGAAAGAAGCAUUAGACAAUUCACUAGCUAUGGAGAAAACAAUUAGUUCUCCACAAUCCAGUGGAUCCAACAAAUCUCUGAAUGUAUGUAAAUAUUAUCUCAAAUUAUUAUUUAUUUUUUAUUUUUCAAUAUAGUUAUAAUUAAUUGUUCUAAUAUUUUAUUUACAGAUAUCAGACAAUAAAAUUAAUCAAAGUUUUAACAAAGAUGAAAAAAUCAUUAACACUUCAAAAACUAAUGACAGAGAAAAAUUAUACCUAGUAUGAGAUUUUUUUAAAGAAAAGCAUCUUCAGUACUUUGUACGCAAAUGACUACUAUAUUGAUUAUUACUUUUAUUUUUUAUAUAGGAAAAAAUAGAAAAGUUAGAAUGUGAAAUUAAAAAUUUAAGAAAUGAUCAAAUGGCUGAAAAAGAAAAGGUUAAAAACUUGACUAACUCAUUGAUAUCAGUUACCAAGAGCAAAGAUCAACUAAGGUCCUUAUAAUUGUGUGAAAUUAUUUUAAUCCUUAUGAAAUUUUUAAAUGACUACUUUAACUAAAUUUAUUAAACUUAUAUAGUACUGUGAUUGGUGAAUAUGAAAAAACCAUUUCUGAUAUGGUCUCUAAAAAAGAAGACGUACAUAAAGAAUAUGAAGCACGAAUUGCAUAUAUUGAAGAGGAAAGAGCAAAAAUGGAACGUCACUUACAAAAUUCUGAAAUGGCAUUCAACGAUGUUCACGAGUAAGACUUAUUUAUAAAUGAUUCAUAUGUUUAAAUAAGAACUACUAUAACCAUAGUAUAAGCUCACCUAUUUACUUUGUAAUAGUGUGUUUUCCAAUUUCUACUAAGUAUCUAAUAUCUAUAGAUAACCAUGGUGUACUAUUUCGUUUAUAAGUAUAAUAUAAGACGUAGGUAAUAUUAAAUUUUAAUAUUUAAAUAGAAUGUAUCAUUACAACAAGGAGUUACAUAUAUUUAUACCACCGAAAACAUAAAUGUUAAAGGAUUCAUGUUUGAUACAAAAAGCUUGUUAGCUCCACCAAAAAAAAAAUUAAUUUAAUUGGGGUGCUAAAUUUAAAUUGAUAAAAAAAUUGCUGACUACAAUAAUUUUAUAUUAUCUAGGUGUGUUAAAUUGGUGGUUGUACAUGAAGGCAAUUUCUUUGCCUAUGUAUAGCAUAGUGGGCAAAUAUAUCGUGCUCACCUCAAUAAAAUAUAGAUAAAACUAUGAAUAACAAAACAAAUAUUUAAAUUGAAUUGGAUUUAUAUUAUUCAUUAAUCUUCUCAUAAAUAAAAAUAUUUGAUAUUCAAAUUUCAAAUAAAUAUUAUUAAAAAUUUUUUUAACAACUGAUAUUAUGGCUUCAAAAAACCAGUUAAAAUUGAUAAUCCUACUUAAGGAUGUGCUGAAGUCAAGGCUCAAAAUUAACGGCUCAUUUCAUGAUGAAAAAAAGUUUAUAAUUUCUGUUCUCAAAUAAUAUAAACAUAUUAUAUAUUUUUAAAAACCACGUGUUACGAUUCAAUACAUUUUCAAUAUUGAGCACUGACAAAAAGUAAAAAAAAAAAAAAUAUAAUAGAUAGGAAAGAUGAAUUCUUUCUCUUCUACGUAUAUUGCAUUCAAGAAUAGUUGUACAAUGAAACCUCCUCUAACAGUCACUUCCAAAUAGAAGACGUUUUUUAGGGAAUGUGGAUAUUUUUACUAUUUAAGUAUAGAAAAACUUCUAAAUAUGGAACACUCUAAAUAACUGACAAUUUUUGAUAUUGAUAAUUUCAUAAAUUGACAAUAAUUGUUGAAUACCUAUUCAACAGGUACCUGAAUAUAGAUAAAUUCUAUUUUUCAAAAUCUGUACUAUUAAGUUUUUUUUUCAUUACUAUUAAACAUUUCAUACUAUAUCUUAUAUUAUCCGUUCAAUCAUUAAAAUAUUAUGAAUGUAAUGAAUUCAAGAAAUGUUGUGACUUAUGCAUUGUCCUAAUCCUAUUCAAAUUUAGUUGCGUUUCUGAUGCCAGUAUACAAAUGUUUAUUGUAGUACUAUGGCCAGUAAAAAAUAUUAAAAUUAGAAAAUGACUUGACUAUGCCUCUAGUUAAUAGAUAAGCUAAAGUAACUGAUUUUUUUCAUAAAUGUUAGUUUUUAAAAUAUAUUGAAUUAAUGAAAAAAAAAACAUUUAUUUAAAUAAUUAAUUAAAUAAAAGUACAAUUUCUCUCUCUAAAUAACAAACACCUCUGGAUAACAGACAAAAUAACAGCAACCAAGUGUCCGGUAUUUAGAGGUUUCAAUGUAUUUUUGCCCUCUCAUAUUAAAAAUAUUUGCUGUGCAUCUAGUGUUUAUAAAUUAGUAUGUAUACUUUUUUGUGGUACCUAUACAAUAUACAGUUUAUUCAUUUUGUAAAUAAUAUAAGUUGUUAUAAAAUAAAAUUAUCUGAGUUAAACUUAAAUUUUAUUUUUUUAUUUUUCUUAGGAAAUAUAAUUCUUCAAAACAAGUUAUAGAAGCAAUGAAAGAAAAUGAAGUCAAGUAUAAAAAUUGUCUCAAAGAAUAUGAAGAAUCUCUCAAAAAAUAUGAAGAUAAAUACAUGAGGUUGAAAAUGCAUGCCACUGAACAAAUGAACAAGUAAUACAAUUAAAUAUAUAAGUUAUUGAAAUAGUUUUGGACUAUUAAUAAAUGUUGUUAUAUUAUAAACUUUUAGAGCCACUGAAGAAAUUAAUGACAAAGAAAGAUCGUUUGAAGCAGAAACUUCAAAAAUGAGAAUAAUGAACAAACGAUUAGAAGUAAAAGUCAGAUCUUUGCAAGAAUCAUUGGAAAGGAAAGACGUUGAGAAUGCCGAACUAACUAACCUUUGUGAUGAACUCAUAGGAAAAUUGGAUAGGAAAUGAAGUACAAAAAAGCAUAAAUAAAUUAAGUUUUAAAUUUACGAAUCUACAUUAUGAUUAUAUUACUUGAAUUUCUACUAACCAGCUUUUUGUUGCUGUUAUAAAUAUAUUUAUACUAAUAAAAAAAAAAUUGUAUAAAUUUAUAUACAUGCGAAAUGUUAAUCUUGUGUUAAAGUAUUAUGAUUAAUUAUAAUUGUACAUAUUACUUACCUGUUAUAAUCUAUCAUUUAUUUUGAUUAUUAUUAUUAUACCUUCUUUUAUUUUUAUGUUAAUAUUAAGGUUGGAGGAUUUCCAAUAUAACUAAAUUAUAAAACAAAUAUGUAUUUUUAUUUUUAUUUAUUUGAAAUUGUUUACAGAACUAUUAAAUGUGUAAAUAGAAGUUUUUAGUAAUGUUAUUUUUUUAAAUCUGCAAAUUAUUUUUCAAUUAUCAAUUGUAAAUCCUCCUUCAAUAAUUGAAAAAUAUAUUUUUAUUUGUAACUGAUGCUUAAUGCAUUAGUUUCUUAGGUAAGUUAAAUGUAAUAAAAUUAAAAUAGUUAUAAUUAUUGUUAAAACUAUAUGAUCAUAAACUUUCUUGAUUGUCUAUUUAUAAUUUGAUUUUAAUUUAUUUUUUUCAAUCAAUUAUGUUCAUGAAGAAACCUGAGAAUUCCAGUAUGUUUACACAUUUUAUUUUUAAGAUCAUUCAAUAUUGCUUACUAACUGAUAAGCAGUUAUUAACUCUCACUAACAUAUUACUCUAAUUAUGUUUUUAUUAUUAUUAUUUUUAUGUACAAGUAUGUAGCUAAUUAUUUUCAACCUAUGAGUAUGGUUUCAUAACAUUGUGUUAAAUCAUUUAAAUUAUUAUUCCAUCUUAAUAAUAUAAAUGUUAUACCAUAAGUAUAGAUACUAUUUAUACUCGAUGAUUAUAUACUUAUAACUUAUAUUUUUAAACCUAAUUUCAAGGUUCUAUAUGUUGUAUUUUCUUUACAUUAAUUAACACACUACCAAUGCACUUGUAUUUGAUUUAUUUUUUUAACAUUGUAAUUAUGUAUAAUGGAAUAAAUUUAAAAAAAAAAACACCAUUGUAACUUAAAUAAGUUCUAUCAAAUUAUAUUGUUUCCAUUGCAAAAUGGUGAAUAGAUUUUAAAAAUUUGACUAAAGUUUUAUUUUGUUAUAGGUACUCUUAAAUAAAUUCAAAGCAUACAGGUGACAUAGCGAGUUGAUACAGUAACAGACCUAUUUUUGUACCUUCCAUACAUUUCAAUGUUAUUGUAAUUUUUAAACAAGUUUAUAUUAUAUAUGUAUAGUUCAAACAUUUAAUGAGAACUGAUCAAUAAAGUCAUAUUUUAAACCAAAGGAGAUACUACUAAUUUUGUAAUACAUGCCAUCUAACAAAACUUUAAUAAUUAAUAAAACUGCUUAUUUUUAAGUCCUUAUUUUCCAAAACUUCAUUUAGACAUUUUUGAGAACUCUUACCUCUAAAAGAUUUUAAAAACUUUUAUAUUAACAAUGUUUAUUAAAAAUAUUGAUAUUUUCUGUUAAACUAAGGAAUACAGUUAUUUGGAAAAAUGUAUGGUUUAAAA